ACCAGACAGGACUAUAACAGGUUGCCGUGGGCCCUCAAUAGGUGUACCGAUGUCCACUCCUCCGAAUGCUCACCGCCACAGCCAUAUCUUCCUACCCAGACCGCUUUCUCCUAGUUAAACCUCUCUACAUUCACGUCGUUUCACCCUUUCGCCGACCGCCCCACCGUCGGCGCGUAAACCAUGUGGUUACUUGAGCACGAGACGCUGUUCCCAGGGAAGCGCACAUGGCUUCGCCCAGGCUCACAAUAUCUCUUUGGACGGACAACCGCAAAAUCAGGAAAAGGCGAGGAUGGCAAUACCAUUGGGAUUGAGAGCAAACAGGUCUCGAGACAGCAUAUGAUGCUGAAGGUGCUUGAGGUGCCUGCGGGAGACGGGACGAAAUUACAUGCUAGGACUCCUGUCGAAAUCACGGAUCUGAGUUGCAAGCGCACAAUUGUUGAUGGGGAGAGGCGGCUUCAGAGCGAGAAGAAGGACGGGACGAUUGUGAAGUAUGAUGCAAUGACUUUGACGGGGACGGAGCAUACGAUUAGGUUGGCUCCGAAUUAUCCUGAGUUCAAGAUUUCCUGGCAUCCCGUCGUCUUCACCUUCGCAUCAAGGGACGGCCGAGCACAAGCUUCGCAGCUUCAUGCCAUUGACAUCAAAACGACCACGGAUUUUGUCCACGGGCAGACCACGCACGUCAUCUCGCUGAAGCGCAACCUGCCAAAAGUGUUACUAGGUCUAUGUGCUGCUACGCAUAUCGUAACUCCCGAUUUCAUCGAUGCUGUGGUAGGCGUUGCAUCGCCUCAGAAUAGAGAUCCAGACCAAUACAAAGGCUCCAAGCUGGAGGAGGAUUUUGAUGCUUGGUGGCCCAAGGAAGAAGACUACAUACCACCGCGGGGACAAGAACCUGUACGGCGACCAGAGAAUAUGCUGAGGCCUGAUGCACGGCGGUCGGAAGUAUUCUCAGGUUUGACCUUCAUCUUUUUGAAUGAAAGCCAAUACGAGACGCUACAAGACUCAAUAGCUGCCGGUGGUGGUAAGGCAUUGUUGUAUAACCUUCGGUUUGGCGAGACAACGGUGGAUGAAUAUGUGGAGUUCGUAAGGAACGUAGCGGGAGAAAAGGGAAGGCGCAGGGGCCCCGAGCGUCUGCCAGUAGUGACGAUUCGACUGUCUAACUAUCCAGAGGGAAUGGAAGAGUGGGCCCUGGAUUUCGUUACUGGCGUAGACCAAGCGUUGAAUCAACGCUCUAUCCAGCAGAACGAGUUUCUUGAUGCCAUCCUCACAGUCGACACUUCGUCACUGCUGCGACCACCUGCUCAGAUCGAAGUCGGCUCCAGCAUGCCAGAGCUGACCCAGCACAGCGUUUCACGCGAACGCAUAGCAGCCUCUCAAUCAGCGGCCCCUCCUAAAGCUCCAGAACCGACUCUUGCGCCUACAGAACCUGCGGGAGUGAUACCCCGAAAACGCGUCCGUCGGGGGAUCACUCAGAGCCGUUUCACGGGCUUCGACGACUACGAGCCUCCCUCCAAAUUCCGCAAAACCCAGGAUGAACCUAUGGAAGACGUUAAGAUAUCUGUGGGGACGCAAAUAGCGCCUACUCAGGCAUCUUCCCAUCUGCAAACGGAAGGUCCAGCCUCGACCCAGAUUUCUCGCCGCGCUGCAUCACCUGCGGUCGAUUCUGUCGAAGAAAUAGACGAGGAUGAGCUAUUCCCAGCAGCUGCCGAACUGAAACGGCGCAGAGCAGCUACGCGUGGCGUCACUGCCUCUGUAGAACCGGAGGCAUCAGCAGCAGCUGCGACGAAACCGAAAACCAAGGCUGGAGAGAUACUAGAGCAUCUGCACAGGACGAAGCAAAAAGUACUCAAGGACGUCAAUGUCCAAGAACAAACGAAGAAACGUCUUCAGGAGGAAGAAGAAAAACGCAGAGCGGAUGAAGAAAACCUACGUGAGGCCCUCCAGGGUGUCGAUAUCUCUGACAUUAGGGGUCUAGUCCAGGUAGAAGAGAUGGAGGUCUUACCCCGGCAAAGGCGAACGGCUCAGCGUGCUCCAGGCCCCAUGGAUCGCUGGAACGACGAGUGGAAUGGACGCAAGAAUUUCAAGAAGUUUCGGAGAAGGGGGGUGGAGAGGGGACCGGAGCGGCCGCAGAAGAUGAUUGUGGCGCUGGAGGAGGCGAAGUCGAAGAAAGGGGUUGGGACGGGCGAUGCGUUUUUCCUCGAGGAUAGCACUCCUGCUGCGUCGAGGCGGACGCAGGAGGAAAGGAGAGAAGAGCGUGGUAGGAGAGCGAGAGCGCUGGAUAGUGAGUCUGAGGUUGAGCAGGGGUUCACGAGACGGAGGCGGACUCAGGAGCGGGAGGUUAUUCAUGUGGAAGACAGUCUGAUGGAUGAUGAGGCGGAGGAGGUGGCGGAGAGUUCUACGACGCUGAGGGAUAGUUCGCAGCGGGUUGUUGAGACACAGUCGCAGGUUACGGAGACUCAGAGGCAGACGCAGACACUGAGGAAGAGGCCGCCUAUCACGGUGGCGGCGGGACAGCGGCCGAGCAAGAAGGCGAGGGGGAUGGGAGAGGAUGAUAGUGAUGCUGAGGAGACGGGAUUCAGACUUAGGCGGAGGCGUUGAGGUGGUGGGUUUCAGUGGUGAUGAGAUUUAGGUAGACCCUUUGUCAGCGUUAAGGAACAAUGUUUUCUCACUACAACAGUACAAUGGUCACAUUUACGGACAUCACUUCGCCUUGCCUAACGCUU